AUGGACACCGUGACGCCCGGUGCGGCACUAGAGCAGGGGACGAACCAUGCCAUCGCAAAAAGAGUGCUGAGGAAGAUCGACAGACGACUCGUGCCGCUGCUCUUCACAACAUAUAUGUUCAACUUCGUGGACAAAACUAUCUUAUCGAGCGCGUCUGUGUUCGGUCUUUCUGAUGAUACUGGAUUAGUUGGCCAGGAAUAUAGCUGGGUAUCGUCGGUCUUCUACUUUGGUUACUUGGGUUGGGUAUAUCCCACCACAUUGCUUAUUGCUCGUCUGCCCGCUGCCAAAUAUUUGACAGCCAACACGCUAUUUUGGGGAGCCAUAGUUGCUUUGACCGCAGCCUGCACCAACUUCGGUGGUCUCAUGACAGUCCGCUUCCUGCUUGGAGCUGCUGAAGCGACUAUUACCCCGGCGUUCAUGUUCAUUACAUCGACGUGGUAUACGCGCGAUGAGAUUCCCACUAGGACAGGCCUGUGGUUUGCCGGAAACAGCGUUGGCGGUAUUAUCUCCAGUCUCCUCGCCUACGGCUUAGGCCACGUCAAAGACCAAAUUGGCCCAUGGCGAUGGAUGUUCAUCGUGCUCGGCAGCUUCACAUUUCUCUGGGGAUUCGCUAUCGGGGCCCUCCUCCCAGACUCAAUUUCCAAAGCCAAAUUCCUAUCAGAAGAGGAACGCCAAUUCGCAAGCAACCGAGUUAUCAUCGCAGGAACCGGCACAACAGAGAAAGCCAUCUGGCGAUGGAACCAAGUCCUCAAAUGCCUGCUGGACCCCAAAACCUGGCUUAUCUUCGGCCUAGAGCUCUGCACCCAAAUCCCCAACGGAGGGACGCAAAACUUCCCCAAUCUGGUCCUUGUCUCGUUCGGAUUCACAAACUUACAAUCCACACUACUCACCAUCCCUUACUCCCUCAUCACCGUGGCCACAACCACCGGAACGGGGUGGCUAGCCGGGCGGUUCCGCCAGUCCAGUUGUUUGUUGAUAGUUGCCGUCGUGCUCCCUUGCGUAGUCGGCAGUGCGAUCAUCUACUCGCGCGCUCGUAUUGUCUCAGGUGUCCAAUUGUUUGGGUAUUUCCUUUUAUCGACGGGACCGGCGGCGAUGCCGCUUGUGUUAUCGCUGGUGCAGGCCAAUUACCGUGGUGUCACGAAGAAAAUGACUGUUACUGCACUGCUGUUCCUGGCAUAUUGCGCUGGGAAUAUCUCCGGCCCUCACUUCUUCCGCAGCAAGGAGGCGCCGACUUAUGAUACUGCUUUUCGUGCGAUUAUGGUUUGUUAUGCUCUGGCUGUGCUGCUGGCGUUGGCUCUGCGGUUUUACCUGCAGUGGAUCAAUGCUCGUCGUGUGCAUCUAGAGGGGUUUGAGGGUAGUGCUGGGAAUGCGGGUGCUGUUGGUGGGAAGGUGUUGGAUGGUGAUCGUGAUUCGAAUGAUGUGGGAGAUAUGGUGGAUCGAGUACGAUUGGUGUCGGAUGACUAUGAGGAUAUUACGGAUUGGAAGACGCCAGGUUUUAGAUACCGUUACUAG